AUGGAAAAGGACGAAGAUCUCUUAUCAGAACUAAUGACGAAACAGAUAAAAAGUGCAAGCGAAACCUUGAAUUCCAUAACAGCAACAUAUUUAGACAAAACUACUAAGCCUUCUAUAUCCCCGAUGAAACUCAAUUCUAAUCAUUUUAAUCUCUCUAAAGGCUGAGUCCAUAAACGAAUCAACACAGCAGGCUUCCCAAAUCAAAUCCCCGAACACAAAAACUCCACAGAUUCUCUUAUGGUUUCUGUAACUCACUCUUUAAGAACUUCAAGAAUUAGCAGCCCACUCAUGCCUCCCAAGACUGGAUUCUGCCAAAGCCACUUUCCUGUUUUUUGUCAAAAAAUGAUGAUGCUAGGAAAUAAGCCAGACUUGCUUAGAAAAGAAAUUAUCAGCUAUAAUCAACUUCUUAUGAGCUUUAAAGAAAAAGAGCUGCCAGAUAUUUGGCCAAAAAAAACAGUAACUGCAUAUAACCCUCCAAGCAACUUGUAUAACAAGCUUAAUGUAGGGCUAGCAGUUAAAGAAAUCAGAUAUGAUAUGCUGCCUAAGAAAAUUAUGAAAAACGUGAAAAAAAGAAAAUUAAAAAAUAAUUUACGAAAAUUCGAAGCUCCUUUAGAAACUGAAAGAAAAAUCGAAACAAAUUUUGAGACUAUAGGAGUACAAACAAGAUUGUCGUUUACGUGUAGAAGGAUUUAUUAA